CAGCUUCAACGAGCGCAAUGAAUGGCAAAGGCGGCAAGAAGCGCAAGGCAACAUCAACGUCCGUCGAGGACGAGAUCGCCGCGGUGAACGAGAUUCUUCAGUCGGAGACGACAGCGAGAGAGUCGUGGCAAAUCGGAAAGCGACUCAAGACGUUGAUUGAUGCCCACCCAGACAUGACGAAAAUGCAGCUCGGAAACACCAUGUGCAUGUGGGGAACGGCGAUUUCCCGCAUUGCGUCCGAGAACGACGAUGCAACGUUGGCGGAGGCUGCCAUGGAUAAAUUCCAACAAGCAUUGACUCUCCUCGGUCAACAAGAGAUGGGUCCGUACGGCAUGGCACUAUACGGCAGCACUUCCAUGAUAGUCGCAACAGAGAAACAAGACCGGACGGUACUGGAGGCAGCACUGGCGCAAUUUGAAGCCGCCGUGUCCAUGGACACCCCCGAAGCGUUCGAGUCGCCUUUUCAAUACGCAAAGGCUUUGAAAGAAGGGUCUGUACUAGUUCAGCACCUCUUGGAUACUGCCGCCACGUCCACCGACAACACCGCCGAGGUGUCGUCAACACCAUCCUUCCAGUCCCCCGCGGCACUGCAGCAAAAGGGUCUCGACAUCUGCGCCAACAUCCUUAAGCACCACGCCUCCGUUCUCGAUGGCUCCAGUGCCCACACCCAGCAAACAGCGGAAGCGGAAGAUGCCCAUGAUGACGACGAUGAAGAAGAAGUCGAGGACGAAGUGACAAAGGAAGAUUUGUCCGAAGUCAUAUUGCUCCAAGCCCAGCUCACGGCGCUCUUGGCCGCGUCCAAGCCCGCCGCCGACACGUCGCCCGACGCCAUCUACGACAUGUUCAAGCAAGCGUUCGAACUCCAUCCCGAAAACGUGAACGCGUUGAUUGAGAUGAACUCGUUCGUGUGCCGCCUCGGCAUAAAUCCGUCGGGCGCUGCGUGGGUCCUGCCUCGGCUCGAGUGGAUGCAGCAACAGCUCGAUCGCGUCCUGCACGAGCUCGACUUUGACCUCGACUCGUGCUUUGAGCAUGUCAUGCGCGAAUCCAAGCUAGACAAGCCCAAGGAAGUCAACGAGUGUGUACCCAAGAUCCUGGACGUUCUCGGGCGAAAUCUCCUGCGUCAACUCCAAGCGUGCGCAGUAGUCGCGAACGAACACAAGACGUCAGCAGCAGCAGCAGCGCUGCAUGCACACGCCCUCAAGGUGCUCCAGUGCGCCCACCACCUUCACGACACGUUUGGGUGCUACUCCCUCGCCAAGCUCCACGCCCUGCCAGCGUUUGUGAACCCCACCGAGUGCCACGUCUGGCUCGAAACGUGCGAAAGCUACGGCGUGUUGGACGACGAGUUCAACGCCGCUGAUUUUGCCACGAUGACCAACGAGCCAUGGUACAGCGCGUUCGCCGCACCCAAUGGCACACUCCGCCCGGUUGUGCAGGCCGACUUCUUGCUUGCCCCGUCCGAUUCGAUCCAGUAACAGAUAAAACAUCCGAGACCUCGUCGUCACCAGUAUCUCGUCG